UGUGACAUCACACAUCGUUAUAGUGUCAAUCUGGUUGGCUCUUUCACUUAUUUUAGUUGAAAUUCGCUAAUACAUUUUUAGAAUUUUUCCGUUAUAUAGUUAUUUUUGAUCAUCAUGUUUAUCUGGGACUGGUUUACUGGAGUUUUAGGCUAUUUGGGCUUAUUGAGCACGAAACGGAAAUAUGUAUUUCUGGGACUGUCCCGUUCAGGAAAAGCGACGCUAAUUAAGCAGUUGUUUGAGGAAAAUGAAAUCGAUUUUGUGCCACAUUCAUUACAAUCGACAGACAUUGCAAAUUUGUCACAAGACCCGUUAGCAUCAGAGGAACUUUCUAUUGGAAACAUGAGAUUCACAACUUUCGAUUUAGGAGGCCAUUUACAAGCAAGAAGGGUGUGGAAAGAUUAUUUCCCAGCAGUUGAUGCUAUCGUGUUCCUAGUAGAUGCAAGCGAUCGGUCAAGAUUCGUCGAAAGCAAACAAGAACUGGACUCUCUAUUAACCGAUGAAAGUUUAGCAAAUUGCCCAGUGUUGAUUUUAGGCAACAAGAUCGAUUUGCCCUCUGCCGCUUCAGAAGAUGAACUUAGAAAUUAUUUUGCCCUGUUUGGACAGACAACGGGAAAGGGAAAAGUACCAAGAACAGACCUUCCUGGCCGUCCACUGGAAUUAUUCAUGUGCUCGAUUUUGAAAAGGCAAGGUUACGGCGAAGGGUUCCGCUGGUUGGCACAGUACAUCGACUGAGUCACUAAUAUAAUUUAUUUGUCCCGUGAAAUUUUUUUUUUGUUAAGAAGGAACGUGUCAAAAUCUGAUCGAACACCACACAAAAAAAAUUCGGAACGUUAUAGGUAAUUAUUUAUUUAAAGCGUUUCUUUCCCAUAAAUUGUUUCCGUUUAUUGUUAAAGCUUCCCCGUUGACUAGUCUUGUUGAAAUAGUGUUAGGUAGCUAAACGAUUUUAUCUGUUUGUGCGGGGUGUUUAUAUAACUGGGUUUAUACGAUCAUUUCAGCUCGCUUAGCCAUAUAUUUGACUUUUUUGUUAUCUAUAAUGUUUCUUAAUCCUAUGAAGGUUAAAAAAGUAAUAGAAGCACACGUUCUGGUCUUCAACAGCGCUGCUUAAAAUUUUAAAUUGCUAUUACAUUUGUAUGUAACGAGUUUUUGCAAUUAUUACUUGAGUAAUUGCUGUUACCUUGUUGAUAAUUGGGGGAAGUCGACAACUGAUAUUACACAUUCUUUUAAAUAUACUUGUACUUUUUUGAUAAUAAAUUGUGUUCUCGUACCUUA